UCAGUCCAAAGUGAAGGCGCAACCGAAGCAACACGUUCCAUUUAGUAUACCAACGACCGUUGGACGACGUACCGGGAAGACUCGCUAUCUUUUACGUCUUGUAUCGUGUAAAUAUGUUCAUAUACAUGCGUACGAAUUAACAUUAUUUUGAUGGUUCUAUUUUAAUGUGAUUUUGCAUAUGUGGUUAUUAUCAAUAGAUAUGUGCUUCUCAAUAAAUCAGCAUGAUUAUCGGUGGUUAUUGCGUAAACUCUAAAUCGAUCUCUAUAUAAAAAUAUCAGUUUGAGAAAUGUGUCCUGAGUGAUCAGUCGUUCACAGAAAAGCUGCGUCAAAAAUUCGAUAAGUUCACUAUUCAAGUCGGAUUUACGCGACUCUAUACACGCGCAUAGGAUACACGUAUACAGCAUCAUUAUGACGUAUUUACGUUCAAUCGGGGAAGUGAUUGUUUUCUUAGUAUUGUCUGGUAUUGCAAUAUUGGAGGGUAUUAUUAGGUCAUUUAUACCCAAAAGAUACAAGAUGAAAAGCAUAGAUGGCGAAAUCGCUCUUGUGACAGGGGGUGGUGGUGGAUUAGGCAGGCUUCUCUCUCUCAGGCUGGCCAACCUCGGUGCUAUUGUCAUCGUUUGGGAUAUAAAUAAAAGCGGCAUCGAGGAAACUAUUAAACUCGUGCGGGCGGUCGGAGGUACGUGUUACGGUUAUGUCUGCGACUUAUGCGAUCGAGAGGAUGUAUAUAAAAAAGCCAAAAUUAUCGAGGAAGAAAUUGGCAAGGUAACGAUACUAAUUAAUAAUGCAGGCAUUGUUACGGGAAUGAAAUUUCUGGACACUCCGGACAAACUUAUUAUUAGAACAAUGGAUGUUAACAUCAUGAGCCAUUUUUGGACUGUAAAGGCCUUUCUUCCAACAAUGUUAAAGAAUAAUAAAGGGCAUAUCGUGAGCGUGGCGAGUUUGGCUGGGCAAUGUGGAGUUCCUAAAUUGGUAGAUUAUUGUACAUCAAAAUUUGCGGCUAUGGGAUUUGACGAGGCUCUUCGAAUGGAACUUGAGUAUGAAGGAUACGAUAUCAAUACAACAGUCAUUUGUCCUUAUUUCAUUCGUAGUACCGGUAUGUUCGAAGAUGUUCAAUCAAGAUAUGUUCCAACUCUGAGCCCAAACGUCGUAGCUGACAAAAUUAUAACUGCAAUGAGAUGCAAUGAGAAAUAUGUCAUUAUUCCAAGCUACUUACAAGUUCUGCUAGCUUUAAAAUGGCUAUUUCCGUGGUCUUGUUCUGCUAUGCUGCUUCGUGGAUUGGUCAAAGAUGCUUCACCGAACCAUGUUGAUAGCGAACCAUGUGUAUCUACAGAUACAAUUAUAACAGAAAAACCGUGUGCUGUUUCAUCAUCGAAAGAUCAAAAUGGUAAAACCAUCCAUCAACAAUUAGCCAGACGUAUCUCCAGCGAAAGAAAACCUUAAACUUUUUCGGUCUGUUUGAUUUUAAUAUUAGUUUAAAAUAUUUUUUGUCAAAUUCAUUUCUGCUUUAUGAAGUAUUAGUGUAUUGGCCUUUAGUUUUAUCUUUUCUGAUCUUACAAGUUAUAUUUUAGCGGUCAGAAAAUAAAUAUUGUGAGAUCGAUUGAUUUAAUCAUUUAAUGCAAAUGUAGAAAAGCUUCCAUAUAUACGAUGAUUUCGUAUCGAUUAUAUCGGUAAAUUAUUUCAAAAUCGUGUCUAUCUAUCUUGGAACGUUUUGUUUAAUAUUUGCACAAAAUUAAAAUGUCAUUAGACAAUUGCGAUAGAUUCGUUAUAAUUCUGUUAAAGAUUCGUCAUUAGAUAAUUGCGAUAGAUUCAUUAUAAUUCUGUUAAAAAUUUGGACAAUACAAUAUAUAUGUUCAUUUCCUAGCAAUUCUACAUUAUAUCUAUGAAAUUUUAUAAUAAUUUCGUAUUCUGAAUGUGAUUUUAGUAAAAAAAUCGAUGACUAAAUUUAAAAUUAUUUGUGGGAUUCUUGUCAUGCAUUGUUAUUGUAUGACAUCCUUUUUUACUUCUAUUUUUUCAUUGUAAAAUAUAGUAAGAAAAAUAGGUGAAUAUAUUCUUAAAAAAAUGUGAUACUGAAUCUAGUAACAUCAGUAGUAGAUAUAUAAGAAUAAUAUAGUCGAAUGUUCGUUUUCUUAACUCAAUACUUUAAUAUUUUUUUCUGUGCCACUUUGUCACUACUUCACUGGUUAUUUGGUACAUUUGUGAUUACGUGACCAUGACAUCAUCAAAUAAGUGAGUAAAAUUGUUCUUAAUUUUACAUAUGCAAUUAAUGCAUAAUACAUAUUCGUCCUAUAUACAUCAUUAAGUCUAUUUGUUUUGUUCGCACUCUCUAUAAUUUUUUGCCACAAAAUAUAUA